ACUUAGUUCCGUCGGAAACUUUCCCGCGAGAUUCCAUCACAAUACCGUCCAAUAUAAAAUUAGCUGAUCCAGAGUUUCAUUUACCGCGUCCUGUUGAUUUGCGGAUUGGUGCGGAGGCGACAUUGUCGUUAUUCUCCAUAGGCCAGAUCAAUUUAUCGAUACGAGAUAAUGAUUUAUAUCUACAAAAGACUUGUCUCGGCCGGGUCGUUGCGGGCGGAAGCUUGUCGCGGAAUCAGCCGAAAACUGCGAUAUGUAAAUUAACUGGUCUAGAUCAACAGAUCGCGAGAUUCUGGGUGAUUGAGGAGAUAUCUGAUCCCACCGUUACGCCGAAAUCUAACGAGGAACUCGAAUGCGAAGAGCAUUUCACUAAAUUUGUUACUCGUGACCGCGACGGUCGCUAUACGGGGAGACUACCAUCUCGCAAGGAUAAGAUGAGCCUCGGCGAUUCGCGAACCGACGCUCUCAAACGUUUAAAUUCGCUCGAACGGAAGCUCGACUCAGAUCCAUUGUUAAGGGCCGCCUAUUCGCAAGUAAUACAGGAAUAUUUAGAUCUGAAACAGAUGAUUCCGGUGAAUAACCCUUCCAAUGAAGGAUUUUAUAUGCCGCACCAUGCGGUAAUCAAAUCAUCGAGUAGCACGACCCGGGUUCGUGUCGUGUUCGAUGCAUCGGCAAAAACGAGUAAUGGCACAUCGUUAAACGAUAGGUUAAUGGUGGGGCCGACUAUUCAAGAUACGUUAUUCGUUCACUUAAUUCGAUUCCGUACGUAUAAAUGUGUUCUCACAGCAGAUAUAGAAAAAAUGUAUAGGCAGAUAUUGUUGCACGAGGAUGAUCAGAUAUACCAACGAAUCCUCUGGCGCCAGAACGAUCAAAUAAAGACUUUGCAACUUAACACCCUUACAUUCGGCGUAUCCUCGUCGCCGUAUCUGGCUAUACGAACAAUUCAAAACUAG